UAUCCUAUAUCGUGCCGACAGGAGCGUACUGCGUCUAAGCUUAGGGACAGUGUUGCGAGCGCGCAUUACGGCAAUCACACGUAGCGUUGCUCGUCAAAAUAGCAGCACGCGAUGUACACGUCUUCAACUCGACUGGCACUGGCUCAAAACCUCAACCAGACUCGAGUCGCGCGCCCGCGAUGUGCUGGGGGGCACGGACGAAACGCCGACAGUCUUCGCCCCGUGAUUACGCGAAAAUUGAGCGCACGUGCGCGUAAUGGGCGCUCAGGCACACGGUUCGUGCCAAAUCGUGGUUCUGAGCAGGAUAUCUUAUCUGAACUUGAAGAAGCGCAAGAAGGAGGAAUUGCUGGCUACGGCGUCAUCUCGUCCAAACCUACGACACCCCUUUUGGAUACCGUGCAGUUUCCGAGCCAUUUGAAGGGUUUAAACAUGGAUCAACUCAAGCAAGUCGCGAAAGAACUACGUGCAGACCUAAUCUACAACGUAUCUCAGACAGGAGGGCAUCUUGGUUCGAGCCUCGGAGUUAUUGAGCUCACCGUCGCACUCAAUUACGUAUUCGACCAACCGAACGACAAAAUCAUAUGGGACGUGGGGCAUCAAGCUUACCCUCACAAAAUUUUGACGGGAAGGAGGGACCAAAUGAACACCAUGAGACAAACAGGCGGGUUAUCACCUUUCACGAAGAGAAGCGAAAGUCCUUAUGACUGCUUUGGGGCGGGACACAGUAGUACGUCCAUUUCGGCAGGUCUUGGAAUGGCUGUCGCUCGGGAUAUGCAAGGCGGCGAUAAUCAUGUCAUCAGCAUAAUCGGAGACGGGGCAAUCACGGGGGGGAUGGCGUAUGAAGCUAUGAACAAUGCUGGAUUUCUGGACACGAACAUGAUCAUCAUCUUAAAUGAUAACCAGCAAGUGUCGCUUCCUACGCAAUACAACAGUAUGAAUCAAGAUCCAGUGGGUGCGCUUUCGUCGACAUUCGCUCGUCUUCAGUCGUCGCGCCCUCUACGCGAGUUGCGCGAGUCUGCCAAGGCGAUUACCAAACAGAUGCCAACCCCUGUGCAAGAGGUCACCGCAAAAGUUGACGAGUAUGCGCGUGGUAUGAUUAGUGGAUCUGGCUCGACUCUAUUUGAAGAGCUCGGACUAUAUUACAUCGGAACUGUUGAUGGGCAUAAUUUGGAGGAUUUGGUCGCCAUUCUGCAAGAAGUAAAAGAGACAAAGAGCGUUGGUCCCGUGUUGAUUCACAUCGUGACCGAGAAGGGCCGAGGCUACUCUUAUGCCGAAGACGCUCAAGACAAGUACCACGGUGUAUCCAAAUUCGAUCUCGCUUCCGGUGAACAAAGCAAAUCAACAGAUACAAUCCCCACUUACACGAAGGUGUUCGCCGAUGCCUUGAUUGGAGAAGCCAUGGCUGAUGAAAAGGUUGUGGCCGUGCACGCUGCCAUGGGCGGGGGAACGGGAUUAAACCAUUUCGAGAAAUAUUUCGCCGAUAGAACGUACGACGUCGGCAUUGCGGAGCAACAUGCCGUGACUUUCGCUGCGGGUCUUGCAUGUGAGGGAUUGAAACCCAUGUGUACGAUUUAUUCAACAUUUUUGCAACGUGGCUGGGAUCAAGUUGUUCACGACGUAGCGCUGCAGAAACUUCCGGUGAGGUUUGCGAUGGACCGUGCUGGCUUGGUUGGCGCGGAUGGACCAACUCAUGCUGGUGCGUACGAUGUGACGUUCAUGGCGUGCCUUCCCGAUAUGGUCGUUAUGGCGCCGAUGGACGAGGCAGAGCUGUGUCAUAUGGUUGCAACAUCUUUAGCUAUUGACGAUCGUCCCUCCUGUUUCCGCUAUCCUCGGGGUGCGGGCGUUGGGGUCAACAUGGAAAAUGAGAGCGUCAAAGUGCUCAAUCCAGGAUACAAGGGUAUGGUGUUAGACAUUGGGAAAGGCCGAGUUCUACGCGAAGGAACCGAUGUCGUUCUGUUGGGUUAUGGUACUCCAACGAAUAACUGUUUGCUGGCUGCCCAAAUGUUGCAAGAGUUCGGCGUCAGCGCCACCGUGGCGGAUGCUCGAUUCUGCAAACCUCUGGACGUCGAACUCAUUCGUCGCUUGGCAAAAUCACACCCAGUUUUCAUAACGGUAGAGGAAGGUUCCAUAGGCGGCUUUGCGUCUCACGUGUUGCACUUCCUAGCGACUGACGGACUGCUCGACGGCGGCUUGAAGGUUCGACCAAUGGUACUUCCCGAUCGUCCAAUUGAUCACGGUUCGUAUGCAUUCCAGCUUAACGAGGCUGGACUUAGCGUUUCGCACAUCGCAUCUACGGCGCUUUCGCUUGUCGGGAAGCAAAAUGAGUCUCUCGAGGUUUUAGCAAGAGUCUAGAGAAACUU